AUGACGUACUCUCAGCCUGAAACUGAAUUAUACCCAGAGUACGCCGAAUACCAGAAAUACCUUCAAUACAAUGGGUCUUCAUCUUCUCUCUAUAAUGCAUUUGAAAACGCUCAGUCCGCACAACAAUACCUAGAUGCCCCUCCGAGCCAGAAGCAAAACUCACUUCCUCCAGCUAAUUACAAUGUAGAUAUUGCAAAGUCUGAAUAUUUCAACAUUUCACCAGAGGUCAAUAUCCUCGAUCCAGUAGCUCUACAUUUUAAUGUGCAGACAGCUAUAACUGAUGCAAAAGGUUUCAACAUCUUAUCUUAUCAAGAGCUGGAAGAUCUGAAGAAAGAGUGGACUUUGGUAGAAUCUCGGCUCGCUGACACAAAUUACAAGCUGACUAUGGAACUCAAGGUACGAGAGGCUGCUAUAUCCAUCUCUAAAUUGGGGGGCAAAUCGCAAAAUUCAUCGGUAUCAUCUGGAAACAGAAAGUCGUUCCUAUUCAAUUCUAAAGACAAAGACAAGAAGAGAUUAUCUAAACAAGCAGAUGAUGAGGUUGAUAUUUCGACUUCGAAGAUUGAUAUUCUUCGCAAAGAGAGUCUUGAUCUUGUUGAAAAAAAGAGUAUGCUCAACAAUAAAAUCUUGCAACAUCACGUUGCUAUUUUGGCCCUGACCCAUCCAGGCUCAGAGUCGUCAUCAGCAGUAGCAUUUGCAUCCAAUAACGAAGCUGCAGCCAAUACCACACCAAUGCAAGAUCAAAAUGUGUCUCCAAGGGCAUCGACAAAAACUGCUACUUCGAGAAUGUUGUCUCACCAGAGAUCUGGAAGUGCUUUCCCUUCACCUCCACAAUCGCCUCGAUCGGCAGCUAGAGCUGAAGACUACGCAAAAAUGGAUAAGAUCAUUGCCAAAUUGAACCACGCAAUAUCCAGUCGGACCACAUCGCCCAGGCAGCCAAUGGCCGAUGAAAAACUUGAUUUCAUUUACGAUUUGUGUGAUAGAUUGGUUGAUCAACUGACACACUCCAAGGCUAGCCAAAAACUGAGCCAAGAUGAAAAUGAGCAAGUGAAGAGCAUCCUUUCUGAGAUCCUCAAUAUUCUAGAUCCCUCUAAACAGAUUAAUUCAAGUCAGUACAAAAAUUUGGAAGACCUGAGAACAACUGCAUUACAUAUUUUGCAAGAAUAUGAGGAACAAAGUGGCGAUAGAUUAAAGGAGUCGCAACAAAAUCAUCAUCAGCUAAACGAAUCAUAUGGAAAACUUCAAGAUGAAUAUAAAACACUUCAAGCUGAAUAUCACCGCAUCUCGGAGUCUAGCGAAAAACGGGACAUUGUUAAUGGGCAAGUACUUAUUCCUAACGGUGAUAAUACGAUACCUUCUCCCUCAACAAAGGCAAAAUCAAUUCUUCGACAACAAGUCGAAUCUUUGACAGCUUCUUAUGAAACAAACAGAGCUGAAUUAGAACGUUUAGAACUAGAAAAUGUGGAUUUGAAAACGAGCCUCCAGGAAACUAAGUUCUCGUCUCAAGCGGAAAUUCAACAGCUGAAAAAUGAACUGGUGGCGAAUGAAGAGAGAGUCCAGGAGUGGAAGGAAAGAUGCAACGCGUUGCAUGCUGAAUUAGAGUCAGUAGUGAGAAGUUUGGAGGAAGUAACUCGUCAGGCUGUGGACUAUGAGUCUGAGCGAACAAGGCUUGAACGUAAUGUUCAUGAAUUGGAGAAUAAACUCUUCCAAGCUUCUAAUUCGUCGCUUGACAAACGAGUAUCAAUGAUUGGAAGCGUGGUCGAAGACUCUGCCAACUCAAAUUCCAAUAGUCCAGCUAAAAAGAGUCUACUGCGUAUUUCUACACUCCCUGAGAGCAACUCGUGGAAUACAUCGGAGCCUGUUAGUGUAAGCAUGCUUAGACACGAGUUUAGAAGGAUAACUCAGGAAAUGAACGCAAAAAAUAUGAAGCAAGUCAAACAACUACAGUCAGAAAAGAAAAAGCUGGAACAUCUUCUAAGAUCUAUUAAGACAUCUAGUUAUAUGGGUAACAUAUCACCAGAACAGAUUCAAUCUUUAGGUGUGAUAGAAGCAAAUUAG